CUGCAGUGCCCGCUCCAUCGCGGCCCCGCCCGCUCGCCCGCGCGGAGCCGAGCAGAGGGCGGCGGCGGCUGCUGGAGCAGCCCGGGAGGAGGAGGCAGCGAGGAUGGCAACGUCGUCGUCGUGGGCACGGCGAGGAUGAACAACCGCGGCCCCGGGCCCAGGGCGGCGCGGCCGGAGUGGGCGGGGGUCCCGAUGCAGGCCCGAGGGGGGCCAUGGGGCAGGUCCUGCCGGUCUUCGCCCACUGCAAGGAAGCUCCAUCUACAGCCUCUUCUACCCCCGAUUCCACAGAAGGAGGCAACGACGACUCGGAUUUUCGGGAGCUGCACACAGCCCGAGAAUUCUCGGAGGAUGACGAGGAGACCACUUCGCAGGGCUGGGGCACCCCAAGGGAGCUGACCUUCUCCUACAUAGCCUUCGAUGGUGUCGUGGGCUCAGGGGCCCGCAGAGAUUCAGUUGCCCGACGCCCUAGGCCCCAGGGCCGCUCAGUCUCUGAACCUCGAGACCAGCCCCCACAGCCUGACCUGGGGGACAGCUUGGAGAGCAUCCCCAGCCUGAGCCAAUCCUCAGAGCCUGGACGCCACGGUAACCCUGACACUGUCCCUCCGGCUGAGCGUCCUUUGGACGAUCUGAGGCUCCAGCUGGACCAGCUGGGCUGGGCUGCCCGCGGUGCAGGGUCUGGGGAGGACUCUGCCACCAGUAGCUCCACUCCGCUGGAAGAUGAGGCACCUGAUGGAUUAGAGGCAGGAGAGACUGGAAAAGAAUUGGACGUACAACCUCAACUUGCUUUGUCCUCGCCACCUGAAGUCGUGACUCCCCAUCCCAUUCCAAUCUCCAGCUCUGGGACCCCCCAGGCCUGGAUCCCGUCCCUACCCAGAUCCCAAGACCUGAACUCAGGGCCUGAAGAUCCCACACUGGAAGAGGAGCAAGAGUCUGGUGGACCACAGGAACGGGAACCAAACACUCUACAGUGUCUCAACAGCACCGACCAAUCAGAAUUCAGUCUGGGGCCACACCCUUUGGUGGUGGACCUGCUGUACUGGAAGGACACCAGGACGUCAGGAGUGGUCUUCACAGGCCUCAUGGUCUCCCUCCUCUGCCUCCUGCACUUCAGCAUCGUGUCCGUGGCGGCGCAUGUGGCUCUGCUGCUGCUCUGUGCCACCAUCUCUCUCAGGGUCUACCGCAAAGUGCUGCAGGCUGUGCACCGGGGGGACGGAGCCAACCCCUUCCAGGCCUACCUUGAUGUGGACCUGACCCUGACUCGGGAGCAGACAGAACAUUUGUCUCAGCAGAUCGCCUCCCAUGUGGUCUCCACGGCCACACAGCUGCGGCAUUUCUUCCUGGUAGAAGACCUCGUGGAUUCCCUGAAGCUGGCCCUCCUCUUUUACAUCUUGACCUUUGUGGGUGCAGUCUUCAAUGGCCUGACUCUUCUCAUUCUGGGAGUGAUCGCUUUAUUCACUGUCCCCCUGCUGUACCGGCAGCACCAGGCCCAGAUCGACCAGUAUGUGGGGCUGGUGACCAAUCAGCUGAGCCACAUCAAAGCCAAGAUCAGAGCUAAGAUCCCAGGGACGGGAGCCCUAGCCUCAGCAGUAGCCACGGUCUCCGGAUCCAAAGCCAAAGCCGAAUGAAAAGGGGUCUCCCUGUCCGCGGGACGCCGCCCCCCUCCCGAGCAGCCCUCUGCCCCUCUUCCUCUCCCGUUCAUCCUCAUCUACUCCCCACCUCAGCCGCGAGCCUUUUCCCGGUUGGUUUGAGAAUCACGCCCAUCAGGGGAAUCGCUCAUUUGCCGUAGGGGCCAGGACUACAUUUCCCAAGAGGCUUGCUCUAGGAGUCCGACAAAGACCAGGCACCUUGGCUGCGGGGCCUGCUGGGACUUGUAGUUGACUAGACAUGGCACCGCCCUGCACUUCUGAGACUCCACUGCUCCAGGCGCCUUGAGGGGUUGGUGUCUGGAGGACGCAACCAGGCUCAUUGCAGGGGCUUUGCAUGGGGCCCGGGGAGGCCUGAGCUUGGAUUUACACUGUAAUAAAGACUCCUGUGGAAAACAA